GUAUAUUCCACCUUUUUCUUAUCGGGCUCGGACUGCUUGGCAAAAAUUGAAAAUCGCGAGACACAAAACAAGAUGGCGUCAGGAUACGAUGGUCAUGUUUCCAAACGCCAACGACGAGAUAACGAUGAGAACCCUCUGAAUCCAUCACCUUCACAAGUGGUACAUGUUCGAGGACUGGCUGAAAACAUACUGGAACAAGAUCUGAAAGAUUCAGUUCAGCACUUCGGACCCGUCAGUUAUGUGGUUUUGAUGCCAAGAAAACACCAGGCUUUAGUGGAAUUUGAGGAUAUUUCUGGAGCCACAAGUUGUGUUAAUUAUGCAGAGGAAAAUCAGAUAUAUGUUGCUGGCCAGCCUGCAUACUUCAACUUCUCGACAAGCCAGAGAAUUCAGAGACCAGCAGGCGGGGAGGACCACAGGGGAGGGAAUCACAUCCUGUUGUUUACCGUUCUUAACCCGCAGUACCCUAUCACUGUGGACGUAAUGCACAAGAUUUGUACUGCCUAUGGACAAGUUCAGAGGAUUGUUAUCUUCAAGAAAAAUGGUGUACAGGCUAUGGUUGAAUUUGACACAGUUGAUACUGCUAAAAGAGCCAAGCAGAACUUGAAUGGGGCUGACAUAUACUCGGGUUGUUGCACCCUGAAAAUUGAUUUUGCCAAGCCCACUAGAUUGAACGUUUUUCGCAACGACAAUGAAAGUUGGGAUUAUACUCAGUCUAGCCCAGAGAAAGACCCUGCCAAUCAGCGUAACGGACCGCUCUUAGCUGACCCCCGGUACACCAACGCUCCCAUUCCAUACGAUGGGCGGUCAGGUGCUCCCCCUGGUCCAACCCCGGGCUAUGGUGGAGGCCCAGGGCCAAAUCAAGGCUACCCCCCGGCAGGUGCUCCCUCUGGGGGGUAUGGUGGAGGGGGAUAUGGCCCAAGUUAUGGUAGUGGCUAUGAAGGGGAUGAUGGAUAUGGGUCACCAAUGUCACCACGGCAACAAGGUUAUAGCAAUCGAGGAGACAGGUUUUCUGGAAAUCAAGGUCCCCCAGUGCAACAAAGAAAUGAAGAUGAAAAUGAAGUCAAAACAAGAUUUGAUCGUGGAGGAUAUGGUCAUCCCAACAUGCCUGCCCAGGGGUACCAGGAGCAAGGACCCCCACCCCCAGGGGCCAUGUUCCAGGGCUCGGUCAUCAUGGUAUACGGAUUGAAUCUGGAUAAGAUCAGCUGCGACAAACUGUUCAAUCUGUUCUGUUUGUAUGGAAAUGUUGUGAGGGUAAAGUUUCUGAAAAGCAAGGAAGGUUCUGCCAUGGUACAGAUGGGGGAUGCGAUGGCAGUCGAUAGAUGCAUGCAAAAUCUCAACUACAUGACUUUAUUUGACAACAAAAUCACCCUGGGCCAUUCCAAGCAGGCCUUCUUGCAAGAUGUUCCAAAUCCUUACGAGUUACCUGAUGGAACUCCGUCCUUCAAGGAUUACAUGGGAAGUCGGAACAACAGAUACGCUAAUCCAGAGGCAGCCAGCAAAAAUCGCAUAUUACCACCUUCAAAAGUUCUGCAUUUCUUCAACACUCCCCCCAACAUUUCAGAGGAACAGCUAGGAGAGGUCCUUGAAAAUGUUGGCGCAGCUAAACCUUUUAAGGUCAAAUUGUUUGCAUCCAAAAGUGACCGAAGUUCUUCUGGUUUGAUGCAGUUUGAAUCCAAAUCAGAAGCUUUAGAAGCCCUGGUGUUGGCCAAUCAUGCAUCCAUUCCAAAUCCAGCUGGGAAAAGCCCAUAUGUGAUGAAGCUGUGUUUUUCUGGUGGCCCCAUCAAGGAAUAAGAUAAACUAUAAGAAUCUCAAAAAAUCUGUGUCUUUGUGAAAUAUUACAUACAAAUUUUUAGCCCCCUGUUGAUUUUGUCUUGUGUUAUGUACAUAUGUUUGAGUAUGACGUUUUUCAGACAUAUUUUAGCAAAGCGCCUGUGUACUAUAUUAUGUCAUAUCAAGAUAUUGAUUUUGCUUUUUUACUCCAUGUAGAUUUGUCAAUAAAAUAUGAGUAGUUUAA